AUGGAGAACGGUGUAGACCCUGAGCAGAAAGAAUGCAGUGCCCAAAAAGAGCCACAGAGGACCAAACACACCAGGCAAAGUGUGCCAACAGCCCCUGGCCAACAAGGACCUCCACACCCACCCAGAGUUAGACCAAGACUGGUCUUCCAUACUCAACUGGCCCAUGGCAGUUCUACAGGAAGGAUUGAGGGCUUCACCAAUGUCAAGGAGCUUUAUGCUAAAAUUGCAGAGGUGUUCAAUAUUUCUCCAACAGAGAUCUUAUUUUGCACACUGAAUACCCAUAAGGUGGAUAUGCAGAAGCUUCUGGGAGGUCAGAUUGGUCUGGAAGAUUUCAUCUUUGCUCAUGUUAGAGGGGAAACCAAAGAGGUGGAGAUCACCAAAACAGAAGAUGCCCUAGGGCUGACUAUCACUGAUAAUGGGGCUGGCUAUGCUUUCAUUAAGAGAAUUAAGGAAGACAGCAUUACUGAUCGGCUGAAGUGUGUAAAUGUUGGAGAUAAUAUUGAAGCCAUAAACGAGCAGACCAUUGUGGGGUGCCGGCACUAUGAAGUUGCUAAGAUGCUGAGGGAACUACCAAAAUAUGAGACAUUCACUCUACGCCUGGUUCAGCCAAAACGUGCCUUUGAUAUGAUCGGACAGAGAUGUAGACCCAGUAAAUGUCCAAGUGAGGAAAAGGUAUCCAGUGGAAAAGAGACUCUGCGCCUACGAACAAAGGGCAUGGCCACUGUAGAGGAAGUGCCGAGUGAAGGUGAGGAGGAAGCUUCACGCAAAGUUGAUGACUUGCUGGAAAGUUACAUGGGAAUCCGGGAUGUGGAGUUGGCAUCAACCCUUGUUGAAACUGCAAAGGACAAACAGAGCCCUAAGGAGUUUGGCCGAGGCCUGGAUGAAGUAUUAGGUGAAUUUGCCUUCCCAACUGAGUUUAUAUUAGAGGUGUGGGAAGCCAUUCAUCAGACUGAAAACUAA